GUAUUUCCAGCAGUUAUGAAAUUUAGGACGUGUAGGACAGCACCACGUGUGUCCCUUCUGAACAUUCAGACACUGUCCACUCUGCCUCCACCACCCUCAUCUAAAAGAGACCAAUCCAGCAACAAGAAGAGCGGUCCAGUUACAUGGAAAUCUCUUGCGAUCACAUUUGCGUUGGGAGGAGGUCUUCUUCUAGGGAUGAAAUACUUCAAGAGAGAAAAAGAGGAAAUGAUUGAGAAAGAAAGAACAAAGUCGAUGGGGAAAGCGUCUCUUGGAGGUCCAUUCUCACUCGUCGACCACAACAAAAAACCCACAAAGAGUGAGGAUUUCCUCGGCCAGUGGCUGCUGAUCUAUUUCGGGUUCACACACUGUCCAGACAUCUGUCCUGAUGAACUGGAGAAAAUGAUUGAGGCUGUUGAUGAGAUUGAUAGAAUUAAAACUCUACACUCACCGAAUGCUGUGAUAUUAUUCCUCGUCAUUUACAGUUUCAACAUCUCAUGUGCAGAGUUUUCCCCCAAGCUGAUCGGUCUGACGGGCACAACUGCCCAGAUUGAGCAAGUGUCCAGAGCCUACAGAGUGUACUACAGCCAGGGCCCCAAAGAUGAAGACAACGACUACAUUGUUGAUCACACCAUCAUAAUGUACCUGGUGGGACCUGAUGGCCAGUUUCUUGAGUAUUUUGGACAGAACAAGAAAUCUGCUGAGAUCUCAUCAUCCAUUGCAUCCCACAUGAGGAAGUACAAACAUGGGAAAUAAAUCGAAGGGCACUGCUUCAACCAUGACCGAGUGCUUAUUUCUGUCUCACAGCAUCGUCAUUGCUCUGUGAAAUGGGGUUUAUUUAUGAGGUGCAGCUCUGAUAAAAAAAAAUUUAAGCAUUACCCAUUUUUCUUCAGCCCAACACAGUAACUUUUAUUGAUCUUUGUUAUUCAUUUCCAUAUACAGUAAUGAAAUUCAAAUGAUUCAACUUCAAUAAAGUAUGUUUUGAUUGAUA